GCGAGCGCGUCCGGAGACAGAGUGGGCGGAGUCACACAGGGGCCCUGUCCAAUGAGCAGGGAGCGUGGCCGGAGCUCCUGCCCUCGAGCACGCGCAGUAGCUGGAUAGUUGUUGUGCGCGGGACGUACGGAAAAGUAUCGGGGUUCGGAAGGAGAAGAGGCAAAAAUUCCGAGACACGAACAAUGGAUGAUGACUUCACUAUUUCCCUCACACCCCCAUACCUCACUGAAAGCUUAGAGAUGGCUAUGGAAGUGGAAAAGGAGAACUCCAGACCCCCUUGUUUUUCCUGCGCUUUAGACAAUCGAGAUGGAGGGAGAAACUUUUCUGUAGAGUCUCAUCUAGCAAGUGGAUCUCUUAAGAGGCUUUUGCUGAGACUGGAUCCUUCUCCAACUGACUAUGAAGAAGAUACAGUGGAAAUAUUUGGCUUUCAUUGGGUUACUGAAAUUGCGUUAGUUGAGUCCUGUAGACUUCUCUUUGGUUUACUUAGGCAACACAUACACAAAUUGGAAAACCUAGUACAGAUGAGUUCAUCAGACUUUGGUCAGGCUGCAAACCUACACUCUGAAGCAGGCAACAUCAGACAUGAGUGUAUUGUAUUUCUGCAUUAUGUGAAGGUGUUCAUCUUCAGAUACCUGGAAUCACACAAAACAGAGGCUGAUGGGCUACUUCAUCCAUAUGAAGAACUGGAAGUUCAGCUCCCUUCAGUGCUGGUUGAGGAGCUUCAUGCCUUGACCUUACAUAUUGGACAUCUGUAUGAACUCCCAAAUAGUAUCCUGGGAGCAUUUACCAUUCAACAUCAGGCAAAGCUGUUUCCUCCAUCGUGGCAUUUACUGCAUCUCCACUUGGAUAUCCAUUGGCUAGUGCUGGAAAUUCUUCAUGUCCUAAGCGAGAAGAUGCUGCGACAAAUUGUGUAUGCUCACCAAUUCAUGAAUCUAACAGGAGAAAAUUUAACCAAUAUCAGUUUAUUUGAAGCACACUGUGGAAACCUCUUCUGUGAUUUGAUAAACUUGUCAAUCAACAAAUAUACAAAGGUUAGACCGUCGGAGGCUCUAACUAGUCACCACUACCCCUGUAGUUGCAUUAAGGAAUUAUGGGUUCUGCUUAUUCAUCUACUGGACCACAGAAAUAAAGGGUCUCAUACAGAGUCUUUUUGGAGCUGGGUGAAUAAACUCCUAAAGAAGGUCUUUGAAAGACCCAGUACUGCAGAAGGGAUGUCUGUUUUUGAGCCAGUGCAGUGCAAAGAUCCAUUAAGUUUUAGCUGGUGGAUUAUUACUCAUCUGGCAUCACUUUACCAGUUUGACCGUAAUGGAAAUGUAGAGGAAAAGAAACAAGUAGAAUCCAAUUGGAAUUUUGUGGAAGAACUGCUGAAAAGGUCCACUGAUGCUCAAGCUGCUGUGUUAGAGGAACAGAUACGAAUGCAUCUUCAGUGCUGUUUGACCCUGUGUAGCUUCUGGGACUUGAAUCUACCUACUGUCACCAUACUCUGGGAGUAUUACAGCAAGAAUCUGAAUAGUUCCUUCACCAUUCCGUGGCUUGGUCUGAAGGGUCUAGCAAGUGUUAGUAAAACUCCUUUGUCUAUGCUCGAAUUGGUGAAAAGCUGCUGUUCUGACCAGCAGAGCCCUGACAUGUAUAAGUCCGGCAACAGUUACCUAAUUUUUCUCUGUAUUUUGGCACAAAUGAUGAAAGAAGCAAUGGAAAGCAAUGUAACCCAUCCUUGGAAACAAAUUAAAGGAAGAAUUUAUUCCAAGUUCCAUCAGAAAAGAAUGCGAGAGCUGACAGAGGUGGGGCUGCAGAACUUCUUUAAUCUUUUCCUUGUGUUAGCGGCUGUUGCAGAGACAGAGGACAUUGCAAGUCGGGUGUUGGAUCUCCUGGAUUUUCUUAGCCCAACCUCCAUCAGCACAUCUCAGAGAGCUCUCAUUUGGAGAGGCUGCUUUGCCUUCCUUUUGAUGUAUAUUGAGAAGAACAUGGACAUCAGCGUUCUAGCUGAGAAACUUUCAUAUGCUUUCUGUGAAAAGGCAAAGGAGUUUUUGGUAACCAAGAAUGACCACACACACAAACAAAAUCUCUGGACACCACUCUCCACUUACAUUGAUGGUGUUCAAGAAGUGUUUGAGACCAGCUGCUACUUGAACCUUUCCCAGGAAAAGUUGUUGAACGAUGGAUUUAGUAUGCUGCUCCCGGCUUGUCGAGGAACUGAACUCAACAUGGUCCUAAACUUCCUGCAGGUUGUUCUGUCCAGGCUCAGGAGUGUGCACAAACGUAUGAUCCAGGGACCUCAGCUAGGGAAAACGGGCCCAAACACACAACUUCCAUUAGUGGCUAAAGAGCACCACCUUGCUGUUGCCGGUGCUCUCUGGAGAAAUUUUUUUCCCUUCUUGAAGAGCCAAAGGAUGUCACAGACUCUGCCUCCUCCACAGCUUGCAGAUACAGCUGCAGGUUUUACUCUGUUAGCUUUGGACAUGCCCUGUACAGCUCCAUCAGAUCUCCAACCACAGCCUGUUUUAGCAAUGAUGCAAUUGUUUGGAUGGGAUGAUAUGGUGUGUCCCCAGCUGGUAUCAAGAUAUCUCAGUCAUCUAAUAGAAAACAGCACAUUGUCUGAAUCUUUUUCUGGUAUGGGACAUACAUCCUAUGAAGCCUUGUCAGUACGUUCUUGGUUUCGAUGCAUUUUACAAAUGUACAUUGAUCAUCCUACUGGUACAUUGACCAGGACAGAUGCUGAGCGAACAGUUGGGAAAGUUUAUGUGGAGCAGCUGACUGAAAUGACAAGGUUGGUUUUUAAACUCUCAGAAAUAGAAAACAUCUUCUCAAAGGCACGUUUUGAUGAGUCAGUCUUCAAGCAAGACCCUAAGAAUGCUCUUGUCCAAUUCAUUAAGGCUGUUGGUGUAACUUACAACAGCCUUCAGACUGUAGCUGAGAAAUCUGCCAUGGUAACAAAGACUUUGGAAUAUCUAGGUGACGUGGUAAAAUAUGUAAAACCUUAUUUGCAGAAGAAAGGACCUGCUGAAGGCCUGCAGCUCACUUACUCGAUUAUAGGAGGCCUUGUAAAGUUCUGGGCACCAAUACUGGCAACUUCCAAAGCACAACAGCUUUUGUUCCGCAUCAUAGAUAGCUUGCUAUUGCCACUUGUCGUGUUUCAGCAAGACAAAGAGCUGCCUGCCGUUAUGCUGUCUGCCAUUGGGGAAAAUCUUCCUCUUUAUCUUCAGGGCUUGUCCUUUAUAUGCUGUCAGUCCCAAACUCAAGGUGCCUAUUUGAACCAACUGCUAGGAAGCGUUAUUCAGCAGUAUUUUGGGCGCUUUCUCCCUCCUUCACCAUCUUCUCCAGGAAUUGGACAGCAUCCCAUGCUGCUGGCAUUAUGCAAUUCUAUUACCAUCCCACAGACCUUACAUCUGCGGAAGACCACUGCGCAUGUCAUAAAGGAAAACUACCUCCAGUUCAAAGGUAACGCCCCUCCUCCUCGCCUGGCCUCAGUUCUGGCUUUCAUCCUUCAAGUAUUUCAAAGAACCAAGAGCACUGAAGUAUGUGACAUUGAGUUGCUUCUCCCUGCUUUGUUGAAAUGCAUGGUAUUAGUUAAUGAAACACAAGUAAAAAAACUAUCUAGUGAGAUUCUGCAGUAUAUGGUAGAAGGCUGCCAAGCAGGGUCGGGAAGAGAACCUGCCACCCAACUAACUUCUGUGUUUAGGCAAUUUAUCCAGGACUAUACCACAGUAUAUGAUCAUCAGGUUUACAGCAUCCUGGAAGUAGUGGCAGUCUUGGAUCAGCCCCUAGUUAUCAGUCUGAUUCCAACAAUCACACAGUCCCUGAAGGAUUCAGAGCACAAACAAGGGCUUGGCAGAAACACUGCACAAAGAGAAGCCUACAAAAGACUGUUAUCUCGCCUUACAGCAACUGGUCAAAAUGAGAUACUAAAACUGGAAAAUGAGACAAGUUAACAAUGUAUUGGUGAUUAAUUCUUUCCCCCUGAAAUGUUUGCACACUGUUACUGCCUGUACUGUUAUUGUAAUGCACUAUCAAAGUUGUUUAUCUUUACAAAUAGAUUCUAUUUAAUGCUUUUUAAAAGUUAAGCUGUUUUUCCAAUAGCAUUGGUAGCGUUUUGACUAUUGCCAGAAAUAUGAAGAGUAAUUCAAAUAUUUUGUCUUUCAGUUGAUGACCGAAAGAUACUGCAAAUUCAUUAAAUUUUAGAAACAUCCAUCUAAAAUUCACAAGAAGAUACAAGACAAUGUGUGGGAUUUUCAAUAGAGCCUAAGUGACUUAGCACAAGUCCCAUUGACAUUGUGUGUUUUGAACAAAAUUUUAAUUUCUAAACUUUUAAUGGGAGUGUUUUGUAGAUCAGAAAUAAGUGUGAUGUGUAGAACUCUGGGGGUCAGGCAGCAGGCUUUCAUACUGAGCACACAAAGGCACUUCAUGUCUGUAUGCUGAGCUCAGUGAAUGCAAUGUCUUCACCAAAAGCUGGGUCAGGGUUAGGCUAUCUUACGUUAAUAGAAAGGCUUGUGUAUGUGUUGCACAGAAUAGAGAACAGGUGUCCUAACCUUGCUCUUGUAUUGAAACCUUUCGGGUCUUUCAGAUUCCUCAUCUCUGUUGUCCCGGGGGGAGGGAGGAAGCAAGCAAGUCUCAGGUUCCUGAAUAUCAAGGAGAUCUCCCAUUCUGACUGAAGUGGUAAUUUCCUAUUCUUCCUCUUAUCCUGGAUUUAAAAUGAACUAAAUUAAAAAUCUAGUUAAAGCCACAAAAUUUGAUGUGAAUUUCAUUAGAUAGUUUAACUUAGACAAAGGAUAAAGGGAGAGAGCGAGAAGGCUGAUGCACUUAGAAGAACUGAUUUCAAAAUCUGUAGUUAGUUCAGACUGUGUUUAACGUUGGGUGAGUCUGGCUAAAUGGAUUUCUCAAACAUCUCACUGUGUCCUUGAUAAUCUCUUGAUCCUUUCUCUAGACCAUCAUAACUUUUCUCUGAAUAGAAUUAAAGUUAAGGAACCUUUAUUUAAGAUUCUGUAGAAUUCACAUAUUUCACUUGACUCAUUAACACGAAUUCCUAAGAGUUAUUCCUGUGGCAUGGGAAGUGGUGUGUGUGUACCUUCUGACAACACCACUGAAUUGGUUAUCUACUUUUAAAGUUAUUCAGCCUUAACUUUACAGAGUUAAUGGGGGAGGAGGAGAAACUAUUUUUGUGUGUAACUACAGCAGCUUCAGAAAUGUCCCUACAGUCUUGUUCAGAGCAGCAUCUGUUUUGUUACAGUGCUCCUAUCAAGUAGAAACAAAUAAUCUUUUCCCUAAAUCAGCUAUUGUUACAUCAGAUAAUGCAGUAACUAAAAGCCUCUUUAGGCUACUUAAUAGUGCAGAACAUGGAGGUUCUUUUCAUUAUGAAAGUGACUUAUUGAACUUGUGUUGUAAGCUUCUGCACCUGGAAGGAGUCUUAUUCAUCUCAAGAGGCUUGUGCUUCUAAAAAGCUUUUUUUUUUCCCUUUAAGAAAACUCUCCAAAUGAGAUUAAUAGAGAUGCCUUCAAAAUCUGAGUUUUAUCACACAGUAGGUAGCAGAACAGAUGUCUGACUGUAGUAUUACUUCCUGUAAGUAAACCCUUUGACUUUUAAAGAAUAGGUAGAGCAGGUAUUGUAACAAAUUAUUUAAUGGUGUGUUCAGUGAGGUUUUUAAAGGUAGAGUGGAUACUAUCUGUAAAGUGUCUAAAAAAGCAACGAUUUAUAAAAAUGUGACAUAACUCUUGGUGCAUCAGACACUAGUUUGGAAAUUAUUGUUCUUCUCUGUCAAAAAGUUAAUGCAAACAGAAAUAAAGCAUUUUGCAUGAUCUCACUUAAACUAUACCAGAUUGCC